CCAGCCCCGCCCCAUUGACGUGGGGACCCUGAAUCGAAACCCAGCCUCCUGCCGGCGCUGCCACAGCCACCGUGAGGGCCUCGGCCAUCCAAGGGUCUCCCAGGUGACCUUCGCCCCACCCCAGGAAGCCAUGACAGAGGCCAGGAAGCUGCCCCCACCACUGCCCCCUCGGCUGGACUGGUUCGUGCACACCCAGUCGGGCCAGCUGGCCCAAGACGUGGUCCCCGAGUGGUUCCAUGGUGCAAUCUCAAGAGAGGAGGCUGAGAACCUGCUGGAGUCGCAGCCACCAGGAUCCUUUCUCAUCAGGGUCAGCCACAGCCACGUGGGCUACACACUCUCCUACAAAGGCCAAAGCAGCUGCUGCCAUUUCAUGGUGAAGCUCUUGGAUGAUGGGAGUUUCAUGAUCCCCGGGGAGAAGGUGGCCCACACCUCGCUAGACGCCCUGGUCACCUUCCACCAGCAGAAGCCAAUUGAGGCGCUCGGGGAGCUGCUGACACAGCCCUGCAGGCAGAAGGAUCCCGCAAAUGUGGAUUACGAGGAUCUCUUCCUCUACUCCAACGCAGUGGCCGAGGAAGCUGCCUGCCGGGUGUCUGCACCUGAGGAGCCCUCCCCAAAGCCAGUCCUGCUUCACCAAUCAAAGGAAAGGAAGCUGUCAGCAGAGAUGAACAGAAUAACCACUGAGGAAGCCACUUCCUCCUGCCCCUCAAAAGCCCCUCUGGGAGAGGCCCGUCAGAAACUCUGGAGGAACCUCAAAAUGCUCCCCGAGAGAGGCCAGAGGGUCCGGCAGCAGCUGAAAACCCACCUCGCCACUGUGAACUUGUCGUCACUCUUGGAUGUCCGGAGAUCCACGGUGACCUCAGGCCCUGGGACCAGAAAAGGCAGCCAAGAACCGUCAGGGGACACCACCUUAAGGGACAGAGUCUACCCGGACCCCUUUGUGGCCACGUCCCUUGAAAACCCCUCAGAGCCUCAGGCGCCAAAAGACAGAAAGAUCCCCACCAGGAAGGCCGAGAGGUCGGCCAGCUGCAAUGAGGUGACUUCAGGGCGCAGGAGCUGGCACCAAACGGUAGUGAGAGCUGUAUCCUCCCAGGACUCCAAGCCAGAGUGCCAGGGCUUGGCAGAGCCUGAGAAUGACCAGCUCCCAGAGGAGUACCGACAACCGCCACCCUUUGCCCCUGGGUACUGCUAGAGAACGGGUCCACCCCAGCUCUGGGACUCUUGGUGCCAGGGGUUGCCACACUCCUGGAUGUCCUAACAGUUCUUCCAUGGCCCCAGACCACGGCAUUCGGGAAUCUUCGGGAACCCGGGAAAUGGAAUAAAGACGUUUUGGGAGUCUGUUCCUACAGUCA